GUUGUCACUGCAAUCCUGGGAGAAGAUGCAGUCUUAAACUGUGAACUCAUGAAACCCAAAGAAGUGCAGCAAGUAACCUGGCAAAAAUUGACACCAGGGGCGAAUGAAAAUGUGGCCACCUACAGUAAACGCGGUCCCAAUGUCAACCUACAUUUUAAGGGGAAAGUGGAGUUUGAAGACGAGGGACUGCAGAACUGCUCUAUCAUCAUCAGAGGAGUGUCAAGAGGAGACGAGUGCUGCUACAAGUGUCUGUUUAACACCUUUCCAGAUGGACCUAUCAGCGGAACGACCUGCCUCCAAGUAAAUGGUAAGAACUGAUAACAUAAUGUACUGUACAACUUCUUCAGACCUUCAGGCAGCCAUUUUAUCAGAUCAUACAUCCAAAGUCUUGCAAACAUUUAUCAAAAUGGAAUCAUUUAGUAAAUCAUGUAAAUGGAAUCAUUUAGUAAAUCAUGUACAUGAAAACAUUAUAGUAUUUACAUUUACUGUGAUCUGUGUCUGUUGUUGUCCUAUAGAGCUGUAUGGACCCUCACUCCUCAUCACACAAACCAACAACAGUCACACCACUCUGUCCUGUUCUGCUACUGGACGACCUGCUCCUAUAGUGACCUGGGAUGACAUGAUGAUAGAACAUUCCACCACGGUCGAUGUCACCCAUCCCAAUGGAACUAUCACUGUGACAACUACUGCAACAGUGGCAGUGGCCAGUCUAACUGACAAAGAGGUUAGGUGUGUUGUGUCACUGUCCUUCAGUGAUGUCACCAAGAAUGCUUCCAUGGUGAUUCCAGCUAGUGAUCAAGCUUCAAUUACU